GUGAUUGGUCAAUACUCCCCGGACUACAGGCGGAAACCGGAACCUUCCUCUCCUGCAGACCCUGCAUCCAUGUGCAGAUGGUAGAAAACAGACGGAGGAGAAGAAAGAAGAUGAGAUGAGUUUGAAGUGUUUGCUGGCUAACCGAGAAGCCAACAUUUUGACAAAUGGAGGAUCGUACGUGUUAUUUAGCAGAAGAAAAAGCGACGGAGCGAAAAGAGGAAGAAGUGAAACUAAAUGUGGACAGACGACGGCAGAAAACAAUGAUCAACAUCGGUGCGGCCUUCCCCAAAUGGAAAUCUCUGAUGAGGGACAAAUGUUUUCAGAGUGACGCCGAAGUUGCCUGUUUUCUGCUGCACAGAAUUGAUUGGACAGAUGAAGGCUCUUCUUCCUUUCAUGAAAAAGAUGAUGGAGAUAAAGAUGACAGCUCUGAUGAAGAGGAUCUUCCACCCACUUGUAUACGAAUGGGUGGAGCAUUAAAGAAAGCACCAUCGAUCGAUCGACUUCCAGUUAUUGGAACGGGCAAGGCAGCGCAUGACCAGCCUGCACGUGAAGACCCUCCUGAUGAGGCUUCUCCCUGUGAUCAGGACCCUGUUUUCCCAUCCCCACAGCAUGUCCUUUGUGAAGAUGACAUCGUUGGUGCCAGAGCUUCAAUAGUAUACGAGGACUGCUUGAGACAGCUGGCUACAUUUCUGAUCCUGCCUGUGAAAAAAUGUACAGGCCGUUUAAAGACUGGUGUGGUGUGUGACUGUGUUGCCCCCUUUGAGAUCAACAUCACUUCCAAGGGCACAGCAACGAGUGUCGAAUGGAUCUGUCCCAAUGGACACAGCUUGUGGAGGUGGAAUUCCCAGCCUGUAAUGAAGUGUGGGACGCAAGCUGGAGAUUUUCUCUUGUCCACCAACAUUUUGUUGUCUGGCAACGACAAUGCGAAGGUCGCCCUCUUGUUCAAGUUCAUGAACAUGGGGAUGGUGAAGAAGAACACCUUCGUGUCCAUUCAGGACGCUUACUGUGUGGACACAGGGAAGACCUUCUGGGAAGAGAGGAGGACUGAGGCCCUCAGUGGCCUUCAGGGGAAAGAUGUUGUGGUCCUAGCGGAUGGCAGAAAUGACUCUCCAGGCCAUUGUGCACAUUACUGCAGCUACGCCAACAUGGAGAAUGACACCAAGGAGAUCAUUCAUGUAGCCACCAUCAACAAGCAGCAGACAUCCUGCAACUCUGUCGUCUUGGAGAAGGAGGGUUUUAUCGAGACUAUGGACAAGCUUACAUCAGAGAUAAAGCAAGUGGAGAUGUGCACAGGUGCUAAUGCCCAGAUCACAGCCCUUAUGAACCCAGAUGAAGGCAGAUACAAGGAUUUUGGAAUUCAUCACACGUGGCAUGGUGCCAAGAACCUGGUCAAACAAAUAGCUGCUGCACCUUGGGUUGACAUCAUUCACCAUGUAUGUGACAGUCAUACCUCAACUAAUGGAAGGUGUCAACAUGGGCACCUGGACGAAACACCUGGAAAGGCGUUGCUCCAGAAAGACUCCAGGUGCCACAAAGCUUUAGUGGACAUCGUUCUCAAUAAGUGUUGGAUGAAGGAUGUGCAUAAAUACCUGCGCUUCAGAUCAGCUGCAGACCAAGAGGCAUUCCAGAAUCAGAUACUGAUGUAUGUCAGCAAGCGAUCCACCUUCAGUCCCCCACUUUAUGAGUCAAAAGUUCUGCUUUCUGCUCUGGACUAUAACUUCCACCAGAACCGACCAACAAUGAAAACAGCAGAAGGCAAAGAGAUUUUCAGAAGGCUGCACAAGAAAAACAGCAGAAGACACAGGUUAUACGCCCUGAAAUCUGAAAAAAACUACUCAUAUAUCUCUGAGCUGCAAGCAAGGAUUGUAAAGAGGAGAAUCACAAGUGGAGUGGGGAUGCCUCGAAAGAAGUCAGUGUUGCCUGCAGAUAUCCAGCAGCUGUUGGUGAUUAAAGAAGAGGUUCCCUCUGAGUGGAGCCUCAGUCUGGACCAGGAGGACCCAGAGCCCCUGCACAUAAAAGAAGAACAGGAGGAACUCUGGACCAGUCAGGAGGGAGAGCAGCUUAAUGGACUGGAGGAGGCUGAUAUCACCAGGUUCCCAUUCACUGCUGUUACUGUGAAGAGUGAAGAUGAGGAAGAGAAAUCUCUGUCUUCACAGCUUCAUCAAAGCCAAACUGAGGACAACAGAGAGACAGAGCCUUCAGCCAGCAGCUCAGCUACACAGAUGAAAAGAGAAACUGAUGGAGGAUCAGAACCUGCUGGGAACCUUGAUCCAGAUAGUCAUUUACAACCAGAUACUGAUGAAAAAGCUUCAGACACUGAAGUCAGUGAAAAUGACUGGCAAGAACCUUUGUCAGAUUCUGAAGCUGAAAGUGAAGACAGUGACAAUGGUUGGAAGAAGACCAGAGCACCUGAGUCAGGUGUAAAUGCUCUGAAAUAUAAGGAAGCUCCUGUAAGUGAUGCAGGAUGUAAUGCUGGGAAAGAAUCCUUUAGCUGCUUUGAAUGUGAUAAACAAUAUCACUAUAAGGGGUCUCUUCAGAGACACAUGGUGUGUCAUUCAGAAAAAAGGUCCUCCAACCGUCUGGUUAAUAAGAAAUGUUUCAGAAUGAAGGAAAAUGUAGAUUCACAGAUGAGAGUCCACACAGGAGAGAAACGAUUUGGCUGUGAUGUUUGUGGUAAAACAUUUAACCAGCAUCCACAUCUUAUUAGACACACGAGAGUGCACACAGGAGAGAAACCAUUUGGCUGUGAUGUUUGUGGUAAAAGAUUUACAGUCCAGGGAGCUCUGAACAGACACAUGAGAGUCCACACAGGGGAGAAACCAUUUGGCUGUGAUGUUUGUGGUAAAAGAUUUAACCAGCAUCCACAUCUUAUUAGACACACGAGAGUGCACACAGGAGAGAAACCAUUUGGCUGUGAUGUUUGUGGGAAGAGAUUUACAGAUCAGGGAAAUCUCAAGCAACACAUGAGAGUCCACACAGGAGAGAAACCAUUUGGUUGUGACGUUUGUGGGGAAAGAUUUACAAAAAAGUUAACUCUUAGGAAACACAAGAGCAUCCACACAGGGGAGAAACUAUUUGGCUGUGAUAUUUGUGGGGGGAGAUUUACAAAACAGUUAACUCUCAAGAGACACAUGAGCGUCCACCCUGGAGAGAAACCAUUUGUCUGUGAUGUUUGUGGAAAUAGAUUUAACCAGCAAGCACAUCUUAAGAGACACAGGAGCGUCCACACAGGAGAGAAACCAUUUGUCUGUGAUGUUUGUGGGAAGAGCUUUGCAGAUCAGGGAAAUUUCAAUAGACACAUGAGAGUGCACACAGGAGAGAAACGAUUUGGCUGUGAUGUUUGUGGGAUGAGAUUUAAACUGCGUCCACAUCUUAAGAGACAUAUUGGGCAGCAUUUCCCACACAUAGACUUUAGUUAGGUGGGGCACCCAGGUAUAUUUGGUGACCUAUUUUAGCGUUCUGCAGAAAAACAGUUGUUAUCUAUAGGCGCUUUUCGACCAAAAGUACCAGGGAUAAAGCGAUGCACAGGCAUUAUUAUUUGUAACCAUGAUCCAUGAGCAACAUUUAUUAAUGAACAUCAGAUUUGACUGUAAUAUAAUGAAAAACUACAGGCUUGCUUGACCAUUAAAGCUUUUUUGUGGGGGAGUAUAAUGAAGAGACACACGAUAAAGUCUGUUUUAGCACAUUUAAUAGUAGCAAAACAAACUGGAUAAAGCCAUAAAGUUCUUAAAAUAACUCCAGCACAGAGAAAGCAACACAAAAAUGAAAUUGCGACAGUUUGGAAGGUUAUUAAAACAUUUCCAGCCGACAAGAGCUGCAGGACUCACGUCUGUGUUGCCUGAGUGUCAGAAGAAUGUGAUGUUUAACGAGCUUAAUUACCUGCUGUAAUCAGCUGUUACGCUUGUUUUGGAGAGGAGGAGACAGACUUUGGCUCUGUGUAAAAACCUCCUGACUGAUGAAAACUUAAAACAACAACUCAGGACCCAGUGUUUAGCGUAAACACACCACUGCACGCUGGCUGCUAUUUCCAAUAUAUUUAACGCAGCUUAUUACGCUACAAUGACACGCUGGAUAUUUUACAAGCACGGACCACUAAAAGCCACAGUGAACACACCAGUGCAGAUGUCAUUUGUUAGCUACCAGGUUGGUUUUGUUUUCAUAGCCUACGUCAUUAACAAGCCUCCUCCACAUGCGGCGCACCUGCUGCUGUAAACUGAAUUGCAGUUGGAACAAUCCAGCACACGAGUUCUGUGUCUUCUUGGCGAUUUUAUAAAAUAUACUGCUGAUGGAGAAAGUCAACAGAGCACACACUUACAGGGGGGAGGGAUACAGAAAGAGGCGGGACAGACCACUUUGCAGCAGAGUUUUGUCCGUACACAGACUGACACCUCCAAAUAUGUAUAAAGAAAGGAUUUUGGUUAAAAUGCUGCUUACUCUCGAAUGAAGCCACCUAUGUAGACAAGUCAUUGACACAAAGUUAUUCCAAAUGUUCUCUUUAUCAAAGUUGUUUGUAAAGGAGAGGGAAGGUAACAAAUGUUUUCCAAACAUCUUCUGAUCUUUGUGGUAUUGUGAUGGAGGAAAUAAAGAUCCAGUCAUCUAAAGUUCUGGAUUGCAUUGCAGUGUAAUAGAUGGAAGAGGAGACCUUUAUAGUGGACUUGACUUCUGAUUUUGUAUCUUUUUAAAAUCUAUAUAAACAGAA